CACUCGCGGCUUGAUUACACCGCGACGCACAUAACCUCGCGUUAUUUACAUUGUCUACAAAUCUACAAUUAUAAUAUACUCAUAUUAUAAGGAUAUGUGUGCAAUUACUGAUAAAUUAUUAUAAAUACGACGAAAGAAAAAGAGAGUAAUAUUGAAAAUGCCUGGAACACCAUGUUACAACAGCAACGAGGUGAGCAAGGAUUUGCAACCAAAAGAUCCUCAGAACCUUCAACGUAAUGAGCCACCUGCUCCGGUGCAUGAAAUCACCCAAACGGACAGGUUAAACAAAAGACUCCUCGUUUCAUUCCUCCAGAGGAUGAAUUCCCAAGAGACUAGGGACAAUCAACAAUCAACGAGCAAAAAUGACGAGAACGACAAUGAUGAUAACAGCGACGACAGUUUCGAAUGAAGAUAGAUUUG